UGUCAGAUCACCACGACGGUCCUGCUUCAUAGUUCUAGUUAGUAAACCAAUACACCGUGCGACCUGCCAAACUCACGGCGGACUCGACAUUAUUCUGUCUAUAUUUACACGCCAUCUUCAGUUUUAUGUGAUUUUAGCUUUUUUAUCUUGCGACACUUGUUGCCGUACAAGCCCUGGUCUGGAUCCUGGUCUGGAUCCUGUGCUGCCGAACACACCUCAGGUUGUCAGCUCCACAACGCCGAGCUGAAGGAGCUGGAGGAGCUGGAGGAGCUGAAGGACAGCGCUUUAUAAAUGCGUUGUUUUAUUGUCCUGUCAUUCUGCUGAUAGAAUACGGACGUGAAACUGAGAUGCGGGUUCACGUCGAAGGCGUUUCUGCUCCCGCAGCUCUUCCCGCCUGGUGGGGGGACAUUUGCGUAUGAAAUCAGUGCUGCGGUAGCGCUACAUGUGCAAAUGAGCUCCAGCAGACGCGCCGUUUUAUGUCUCAUUCAUCCGCAGCCGCCAGAAAGAAGCGAAGAUGCUGUAGGGGUGUUUUCUUUGAAAUGGUCCUGCCUGGAGUCCCCCGCAAAUAAGAGCUAGCCAGUGAAUCUCUGGGCUAAAGAGGAGUGACUUCUCUCGCCUCCCAACCGCCCCAGUCCCCUCAGCGGCACAUCAACAUGGGGAAUGGAUUAUCAUCAGACCAGAACGCUCGCUUCCCCUGCCUCCCCUCUUUCCAGGCCCUCCACAUUGUCAUUCUGGGCCUGGACUGUGCGGGCAAGACCACCGUGUUGUACCGCCUGCGUUUCAACGAGUUCGUGAACACCGUCCCAACUAAGGGAUUUAACACAGAGAAGAUCAAAGUGUCGCUCGGGUCCGGCCGGCGGACGGCCUCGUUCCACUUCUGGGAUGUAGGUGGUCAGGAGAAGCUUCGGCCUCUGUGGCGGUCGUACACACGCUGUGCAGACGGCAUCGUGUUUGUGGUGGACUCGGUGGACACUGAGCGAAUCGAGGAGGCCAAGACGGAGCUGCACAAGAUCACACGCCUGGCGGAGAACCAGGGGGUGCCAGUUCUGGUGGUGGCCAACAAGCAGGAUCUGAGGAACUCACUUAGCUUGGCUGAGAUGGAGCACAUGUUGGCGCUGGCUGAGCUGGGCGCCUCUACCCCCUGGCACCUGCAGCCUGCCUGUGCCAUUAUUGGAGAGGGCCUGCAGGAGGGGUUGGAAAAGUUACACGCUAUGAUCAUGAAGAGGAGAAAGGUGCUUCGUCAACAGAAGAAGAAGAGAUGAUGUUUACCCAAGAGGAACUGUGUUACAUGCUCUCAAAGCUGCUGGCCGGUUGUACUGUGAAAGAGACACUGACUGCUGUCUACUUAGUGGACUGCCCUUUCAACUCCGGUUGGAGGCUGAUUUGAUCUGUCCAUUGGACCUGUUUGUUCAAGUCGGACAGGGUCGUCUUUUGACUGAGGCCAGUGGUAUUCAUUUUGCCGCACGGCCCUGAAAGUCAACAAUCCUGUCAGUACCGAGGGACACUAAUGUCAUUUUAUAGGAAGUAUUAUACCAUGCAGCAGCGAGCUCUGAAGCCCCCCUUCAACAAUCAGAGGUCCAGGGUGGAGUGUGCACUCUGACCCGUUUCUUCUGUCUUUGUGUUUAAAACGAUCUGCAGCCAGUCUGUUCUACAGUUCUAAGUAUUGGAGAAAAAAACCCUUUGUAACCAAAUCUUGUGCUUAGAUUGCAAACAGAUGCAUUAGAUUUUAAUAUCACAGCUGCAGAUGUUGGUCUUUUUCAUGUCGCGACAUAUUCCUAGUAUUUUGUCUCUGUGUUGCACAUUUCUGCAGAGUCCACAGAAGUUUACAUUGAGCUUAAUGUUUCACUUAGAGGAUGGGCACAAGGACAGACUCGCUAGCUUGUGUUGGGACCUUCUCAGUCUUUACUAAAUGCUAUGAAGUGGGACUGUUGCUCGGUUGGGGAUGGGUUCCUUACUAGCCGUGCUCUCCGUGGAUCUGUCUUUUAUAACUCUGUUGGUUGACAGCAUCCUUCGGCCCGGCAUGUGUACUCCAUGGCUGUGUCCACUCUAUCCUCAGCAAAGAGGCUGGAAUGAAAACUCCUUCAAUCUAAAGAAAUUCAUGUAAUUCAGAGACAAUCAAAAUGCACUUUAUAGGUCCUUCAGAGUUGUGUGUAAUUCUGAUACUGAAAGAAGUGAAAUAUUGCUUCAAAUGAAGCAUUUUUAUUAAAGUGUAAUGUUGUUGCCAUGAUGUCAUCCUUUCACUCGUGUGUUUUGCUGGUCGUUCAUAUUUAUGUGUUCAAUCCGCCUUUUCAUUUUGAAUAAAGUAAUAGUAAGACA